AUGGGACAGUGCGAUGCUGAUCGGGAAGUGUUACCAGUGAAAUACGGUAACGAUACAAAACGUCUGAUGUUCGACUACCUCCGUACUAUCGCCACAAACAUCACGAAAGCUUUUCCAAAAUCGAAGGUCCUGAUGUGGUACGAUGAACUGAAAUACGUUGAACGCUCUCUUGAUCAAGGAAUAUGGACUGGAUCGGUUGGUGACACCGGUGGUGUGGAAAUACACAUCAGAUCUUGGAAAAGACACAGUGAACCGAGAAAUUACAAGAUAUAG